ACAAGCGCUGUGAUUAGUGGAAUAAUGGCACCUGAAGAAAAACACUCGCAAUCCAUACAAGCAAUACUCGGGUCGUUGCCAUUUACAUGUCCUUACUGUUCUAGAAAAUAUAAUAAACACAAGGAUUCCGUGCACACUAGCGGAGACCACAUCGAAGAUCAGAUGGCAUCAUCAUGUCGAUAUUACAGUGAUCUCUUAUCGAAAAAAAUUAUACGGUUUAAACAGAAUGUUAAAAGACGGCUAACAAAUGAACUGGAUUCAUUUUCUCCAUCAAAUAUAUACGUAGAAGCGUGUACAAUGAAACCUAGCGGAAGACAAGAUGAGAACUUGCAAGUGAAAAUCAAAAAACGUGAAAUAAUAAAUCAAAACUGCAUAUUAUCACCUACUAUUAGUGCUGUAGAUAUUAGAAGGAAUGAAAGCCACGAUUUAAAAACAUUAUAUUAUAUGCUAACUGCGAUAGAAGGCAGAGUUCGUAGACUAAAACAAAAUUUGUGAUCGUACUGUUUUAAAUAAUCAUACUGUAUGUAAUAGUCGUAUGGCGUAAUAAAUUUUGAUCGAGC